AUGGUAAGAAUGACAUCAUCACCAUCAACAACAAUCAAUUCAAGUGAUAUAUCACCACAACAAAUUGGUAAAGCAUUUGUUGUUCAAUAUUAUCGUCUUCUUCAUGAACAUCCAGAAUCUUUACAUCGAUUUUAUUCAUCAUCAUCAACAUUUAUGCAUGAUGAUCCAAGUAAAACUAUUACUGGAAUUGAAAAUAUAGCAAAACGUAUUGAAGAAUUAUCAUUAAAACAACGUCAUGUUAAAAUUCGUCAAGUUGAUUGUCAUUCAACUGUUGGUUCAUCAGUUGUUGUACAAGUUUGUGGAGAAAUAUCUUCAUCACCGGUAGCAGAUAAUCAAAUACCAACGAUGAAACGUUUUGUUCAAACAUUUGUUCUUGCACCAACAGUGAAUGCUAAACAAAAAUAUUAUGUACACAAUGAUAUAUUCAAAUAUCAAGAUGAUGCUACAUGGACUACAACAACAGAUAAUACUAAUACAAAAGCAUCACCAUCAUCAACAACAGAUAAUAAUGAAGGUAGUUUUUCUUAG